AUGAGUACAACUACAACUACAACUAAUACACCAGCAAACAAUGCACCGAAACCAGUAAAUACAGCAAAUAUACCAAAUUUUAAGAAAUGGACAAUCAUAUACCCACAUUACAUUAAUUCAGAGUUGACCAAGGACGAAGGAAGAAGAACUGCUAAAGAUAAAUCCGUUAAGAAUCCAGGUAUAGAAGAGAUUGCUAGAUGUUGUGGUGCAGCUGGUCUGUCUGCUGUUAUUGAAAGUACAAAAGGUUAUCCAUCUGAUUUCUUCCAAAGAGGUAGAGUUAGAGUUCAAAUGUUAAAUGACCAAGGUGCACCAAUAAUCCCAACUAUUAAGAAUAAAACUGAAUUGAUGUUAUUUAUUGCUGAAAAGAUUAAAUUAGUCAAUCCAAAUCGUCCAGAAAACUUUAAUCCAAUAUCAUUACUAAAUCUUCCCCAACCAGCAGUCAAGAAAGACAAAGAAGAAAAGAAAAAGAAGAAAGGAAAAAAUUAA